UUUAAUCAUGCCAUUACUCGACUAAUAAACCAUAGACAAAUAUUUGAAGAGUGACUGCUGUCAAAAUAGAUUUUAGUUUUAUUGCAACUGGUAAUGGUUGCAGAAUUGUCUGUCACUUUUUAUUGUCCUUUUUGUGAGGAGAACAUGGAUAUUUUCAGUUUCGUAGUAUAAUACUAAUAAUGGCAUCAUCUGUGCAAAACAAUCGAGUAUCAUCUCCUGGAUAUUGUGUGUGUUGUAGAACGUGCAAUAUGUGGUGUUGGAGAGCUUUUAAAUGGCUCCCUGUAUUGUUAAUAGUGUCCAUUAUAACUUGGUCUUAUUAUGCCUACGUUAUCCAAUUGUGCAUUUUUACCAUUGAGAGUACGGUCCAACAGUGUAUCUAUUUGGUGUUAUAUCAUAUUCUACUGAUUAUGUUCGCGUGGUCGUAUUGGCGGACUAUUUUUGCGGAAAUCAAACCCAUUCCCGAGAAGUUUAAAUUACCGGAGGCUGAAUUAGAAAAAUUAUUGAGCGCAGAAACCGAAGAUGCGCAACGAUCUAUAUUGGAUAACUAUGCCAAAGACCUCCCCAUAGUUACCAGAACAAUGUCCGGGUCGGUUCGCUACUGCAAUCGGUGCGUUCUGAUCAAGCCGGACCGCGCGCACCACUGCAGCAUAUGCGCCCGCUGCGUCCUCAAAAUGGACCACCACUGUCCGUGGGUCAACAACUGCGUCUGCUUCUUCAACUACAAGUUUUUCAUGCUCUUCCUCGGCUAUGCUCUCUUAUACUGUAUGUUCAUCAUGGCCACGUGUCUACCUUACUUCAUUAAAUUCUGGAAGGGUGACUUCGGCGCGGCGGCCAGUGCGGGGCGAUACCACAUUGUAUUCGCUUUCUUCGUCGCCCUGAUGUUCGCCAUAUCGUUGGGAUCACUCUUCGGAUACCAUUGUUACCUCGUUAUCAAUAAUAGGACUACUCUAGAGGCGUUUAGGGCGCCUAUGUUCCGAGGAGGCGCCGACAAAAACGGUUUCUCUAUAGGAGCCUUUAAUAACUUCAAAGAGGUCUUCGGCAACAGCCCUAACCUCUGGCUGGUACCAGUCUUCACAAGCUUCGGGGACGGCAUCGUGUAUCCUGUACCUAAUCAAGAGGAAGAAUCGGAGUCUCUGCUGAGUUCGGAGCGAUGGGAGCGGUGGGGCGAGAGGGCGCGGCCCUUCGACGAGCGAGAGAGCUCAUCCUUCGACGAACUAUGAGUUUAGGCUGUUGUAACGGCCGCCUAGCGUGCAGGCUUGAGGUAUACAAAAUGACCGGUGAAAUCUUAGCUGCUAAUAUUUUUAAUACUUGACACGAAACUUUAACUCCCUUCCAAUAUCUUUUCUCAAAGGUAUUGCAGUUAGCCCACUCAAUAUUACACGUUAUGAAGUACAUUAUAA